AUGACAUCUCCUGCUUGGGCUCCAAGAGUGAAUGAGACCAGCCAGACAUACUUCAUUUUCCUCAGGUUUUCUAACCACUGGGACAUGCAGAUUCUCCUCUUCUCUCUGUUGUUCAUGCUCUACCUGUUAACCUUAGUGGGGAACAGCCUCAUUCUUCUCAUCACAAUGGUGGACCCGGCCCUCCACACCCCCAUGUAUUUCUUUAUCAGGAACUUGUCCUUCCUGGAGAUCUGCUACACUUCGGUCACUGUGCCCAAAAUACUGGCCAACCUCAUCUCGGAGGAUCGAUCCAUCUCCUUUGCCAGCUGUGCAGUGCAGCUGUAUUUCCUUCUCUUCUUCGGUACAGUCGAGUGUUUCCUUCUUGCUUCCAUGUCCUAUGACCGUUACCUGGCAAUCUGCUACGCACUGCACUACACAGCCAAAAUGAGUAAGGGGGUGUACAUUGGGCUGACACAGGUCUGCUGGCUGUGUGGCAUCUUCAUACCACUGGGAAACACAGCUGGGAUAUUCAGCCUGCCGUUCUGUGGGCCUAAUCAGAUUGACUAUUUCUUCUGUGACUUCCCUCCAGUGCUAAAGCUGGUCUGCGUCAACACGUCCCCAAAUGAGGUUGCGAUCCUAGCCAGCAGCUUGCUCAUCACUGUCCUGCCCUUGCUCUUCACAGCAGGGUCCUACACCUACGUACCCAUAUACACCAUCCUCAAGAUCCCAUUGGCAGAGGGCAGACAUAAAGCUUUCUCCACUUGCUCCUCUCAUCUUAUUGUGGUGACUCUCUUCUACUGCUCUGCUAGCUUUGUCUACCUACAGCCCAAGUCCAGCUACUCCCCAGAGCGGGACAAGUUCCUCUCACUGUUUUACACCGUGAUAACACCCAUGCUAAACCCAAUCAUCUACAGCUUGAGGAACAAGGAGGUAAAAGAGGCUCUGAGGAGAACCUUAAAAAGACUUUUGUUUUCCUAA